AUGGAUGUUUUUCUGAUAAGGAAAGUGGAAUUACCACAGCUUCCAAACAGCAGCCAGGCCAGUGAAAAAGGAGAGGUUACUUCUACAAAGUGGCCAACAUCUAAUUCUGAUGCACUGAAAGGAAUUUCUGGUGGAUCGAAGCAAAUAUGUUCUGAAACUGCAGUUUCUGAAGCUCUCCCCAAGCAUCUCUCUCUUAAAUCUUCACUGUCUGAUGGAGAAUAUUCUACUGUUCCUAUACAUGCUGAACAAGGAUCUCAACACGUUCAAUCUGCUAGUCCUGUAAGCAAUAUAGCAUGGGUGGCUACCAGUGAAAUCAAGCCAUCAAAUACACUAUCAAGUAAAACUUAUGAUUCUGGACAAGUUGAUGAGUUCAAAAGGGAGGCAGCAACAUCAUCAUCUGAUGUCCUGGAAAGAGCCCGAGCUGCACUUGCCUCUGCUGAACGUGCAACUGCAGCAGCCCGUGCCGCUGCUGAACUGGGGAAUGUUAAAUUUGGUUCACUGAAGCUCGAAGGAAAGUCAACAUAA